GUGCUCGGGAUGCGAGCCCUGCUGCAGGAGAAGCUUCAGAAGACGCGUCUUCUCCUGGAACAGAGGAAGAAAGACGACGAGGUGUUCGCCACCCACGGCGUCAACGAGCCCGACUUCGGGGAUCGCAAGAAGGAACACCAAGCACUCACCUUGAAGACAGAUGCGAUUCGAUCGGCCCACGCCAGCACAGAGGCCCGCAAAGCGGCGCAUGAAGAGGAGAAACGCCGUGUGGCGAAAGAAACGGCAGCGGAGAGAGUCUCGAUUGGGGCGGAAAUUUUGGCGGAGGACAAUGAACACGCUCGCGUCGUCGCUGAGUGCAAUGAGACCUCUGCCGCCGUCGCCAACAAGGAGCUCUCGGUCGCUGGCAAGAGGGCGGAGCACGCGUCUGCCGAAGGUGCGGGAGAGCGAGGUUGCGAGACAAGCCAGGCCGCCUGCCAGAGGAAUGUGUAG